AUGGAGAUAGACAACGCGCACGUUGCCGCGACUUCGGGACGGGUGUUGCACUUGUGGAGCGUUGGUGGCGAGUUGCGACCGAUCCACCGAGUGCGCGAAGCGGAAUGUGUUGCUCUACGACUUACGGUUCGCGGGGGCGUAAUAGAACUUCUUUAUCUAUGGUGCGUAAUGCACGAUGUGGAAUUUGUAAGAGAUCGGAACGGACAACAUAUUCAAUUUUGGAAAGAACGUAAGUCAUUGGAAGGUUUAUCCGUACGUGCAGUAUUUUUUAAUGUUUUUCAAUCCGUCAUUGUGUUAUUGUAUGUGCUUGAUAAUGAUACAAACACAAUCAUUCGCAUCAGUUGUUUUGUCGGGUUGGGUAUUGAAUGUUGGAAAAUCAAUAAGGUGUUGGACAUAAGCAUUKAUCGGCAAACACGGUAUUUAGGUAUUAUUCCAAAACUUACAUUUAAAGAAAAAGGGUCUUAUGCUGAAUCUAGCACUAAGGAAUAUGAUCGAGCUGCAUUUAAAUACUUAUCAUGGGUACUAUUUCCUCUCCUUGCUGCAUAUGCAAUUUAUUCACUUGUCUAUGAAGAACAUAAAGGAUGGUAUUCUUGGGUACUAAAUAUGUUGUACGGUUUUCUUUUAAUGUUUGGUUUCAUUACUAUGACUCCRCAAUUGUUCAUUAAUUAUAAGCUCAAGUCUGUAGCACAUCUUCCUUGGAGAAUGAUGUCUUAUAAGUGUUUAAAUACAUUCAUUGAUGAUAUAUUUGCAUUUGUCAUUAAAAUGCCAACAAUGUACCGUUUGGGAUGUUUUAGAGAUGAUAUUGUAUUUUUCAUAUUUUUGUAUCAAAGAUGGAUAUAUAGAGUAGAUCCCACUAGAGUAAAUGAAUUUGGAUAUGCUGCCGAGCCUAUUGAAGAACAGCCACAAGCUAUUGAAGAAAAGAUACAAGCCAUUGAAGAAAAACCACAAGAAGUUGAAAAAGAGAAACCUAAAGAUGAUAAAAAGAAUGAUUAAUACAAUCUUCACAAUCAACGUGUUUUACAGUCAGUAGAUGUAUUUUGUUUUAAUUUCUUUUUUUUUUUUAAAUAUUUAAUAUACCUACCAAAACAAAAUUAUAAAAAUAUAUCA